GCGGCGGAGACUAGGCGCGCGCCGAGAGGGCGCCAAGCGCUGGCCUUCGCUCCUCCUUCCCGGCCGUUGGCUGAGCGCGGCCUCUAAGCAGGUCGGUGGGCAUCCGGCUCGCUCAAAGGCCAGGCCUGGCCGGAGACAGCAAAAAUUGGGCAGGCCGUGAGAAGCUGAGAACUCCACGGCAAGAUGGCUGACAAAGGCAAAAACAGCAAACCCGGGGCCGCAGCAGCGCCGGGGGCGGCCCCUCCUCCGGGCGACAAGUCUCAGGAAAAGACAGAGGAGAAGAAAAAGUCUGAGCAGCCCAAGGAUGAAGUGGGAACGAGGAAGGGGUGUCGCCGUUACAAGUGGGAAUUCAAGGACAGCAAUAGAGAGUUCUGGGUUAUGGGGUACGCUGAGGUCAAGCUCAUUAGUUUGGGCUGCCUAAUAGGUUCGCUGAUAAUGUUCACGGGGACCACUGUGCACCCCCUCCUGACACUCAUCAUCACCAUGGAGUUGUCCAUCUUCACCUUCUUCAUCAUUAUCUACACCUUCGCCAUCCAGAGAUACAUGCCCUUCAUCCUGUGGCCCAUUUCUGACCUUCUCAACGACCUGUUCUCCAGUACUUUCCUCGUCGGGGCCGCCGUCUUUGCCGUGAAAACUCGGCAAACCAUGCCAAUGCACUACAUUUAUGGUGUGAUCCUCAUCGGUGUGGCUGCACUUUUUGCUUUAAUAGAUGUUUGUCUUCAAAAGAAACACUUCAAAGGCAAGAAGGUCAAAAGGCAUGUGCUGAUUCCUCCAGGAAAGGAUAAACAGGGCGAAAAGCCAAAGGAAGGAGAAAAACCAGGGGAAGCAGGCAAGGGGAGGGCAGGGGUACCGCCACCGCCCCCACCGCCACCGCCGCCGCCGCCGCCGCCGCCGCCGCCGCCGCCUGCCAAGGGCGGCAAGAAGUGAGGCCGAGGCGCCCGGGGUCGGAAGUGGCCGUGUAUCUUACCGCAAAACAUGUUUCCACUG